CUCCCUCCCUCCUGGGCUGAAACUCCAGAAGGAGAGCAGACAGGACUUCUCUCUGCCCGGCCAGCAUCACGGUCACCACAGCCCACCCUGCCCCCGGCCCCUGCUCCAUGGUGACACGACCGCCGGUGACAUGAGGCUGCCCCGCGCCCUGCUCCCCCUGCUGCUGCAGGCCUGCUGGGCCUCCGCGCAGGACGACACCGUGGCCUCGAGGGCCAUCGCCUUCCAAGACUGCCCUGUGGACCUGUUCUUUGUGCUGGAUACCUCCGAGAGCGUGGCCUUGAGGCUGAAGCCCUAUGGGGCCCUGGUGGACAAGGUUAAGUCCUUCACCAAGCGCUUCAUUGACAACCUGAAGGACAGGUACUACCGCUGUGACCGCAACUUGGUGUGGAAUGCGGGCGCGCUGCACUAUAGCGACGAGGUGGAGAUCAUCCGCGGGCUCACGCGCAUGCCCAGCGGCCGCGACGAGCUCAAGAGCAGCGUGGACGCCGUCAAGUACUUUGGGAAGGGCACCUACACCGACUGCGCCAUCAAGAAGGGUCUGGAGGAGCUGCUCGUGGGGGGCUCCCACCUGAAGGAGAACAAAUACCUGAUCGUGGUGACUGAUGGGCACCCCCUGGAGGGCUACAAGGAGCCCUGUGGGGGCCUGGAGGAUGCAGUGAAUGAGGCCAAGCAUCUGGGCAUCAAAGUCUUCUCUGUGGCCAUCACGCCUGACCACCUGGAGCCACGUCUAAGCAUCAUCGCCACAGACCACACGUACCGGCGCAACUUCACAGCGGCUGACUGGGGGCAGAGCCGCGACGCCGAGGAAGUCAUUAGCCAGACCAUCGAUACCAUCACGGACAUGAUUAAAAAUAAUGUGGAGCAAGUGUGCUGCUCCUUCGAGUGCCAGCCCGCCAGAGGACCCCCCGGGCCUCGAGGCGACCCCGGGUACGAGGGAGAAAGAGGGAAGCCAGGGCUCCCGGGAGAGAAAGGAGAAGCUGGAGAACCUGGAAGACCUGGGGACCUUGGACCCGUCGGCUACCAGGGCAUGAAGGGAGAAAAAGGGAGCCGAGGGGAGAAGGGCUCCAGGGGACCCAAAGGCUACAAGGGCGAGAAGGGAAAGCGUGGCAUGGACGGCGUGGAUGGCAUGAAGGGGGAGACAGGGUACCCCGGCCUGCCAGGCUGCAAAGGCUCACCCGGAUUCGACGGUGUCCAAGGACCUCCCGGGCCCAAGGGCGAUGCAGGUGCCUUUGGACUGAAAGGAGAGAAGGGUGCGCCCGGAGCAGACGGGGAGCCUGGGAGGCCAGGGAGCACGGGGCCCCCCGGAGAUGAGGGUGAGCCCGGAGAGCCCGGUCCCCCGGGAGAGAAGGGAGAAGCCGGCGAUGAGGGAAAUGCAGGACCAGACGGAGCCCCCGGAGAGAAGGGAGGCCCUGGGGAAAGAGGACCUCGAGGGACCCCAGGUGCGCGGGGCCCAAGAGGAGACCCGGGUGAAGCUGGACCCCAAGGUGACCAGGGACGAGAAGGCCCCGUCGGUGUCCCCGGUGACCCGGGUGAGGCUGGCCCCGUCGGGCCGAAAGGAUACCGAGGUGAUGAGGGGCCCCCAGGGACCGAGGGCCCCAAAGGAGCUCCGGGGCCUGCAGGCCCCCCCGGAGACCCCGGGCUGAUGGGUGAGAGGGGUGAAGACGGCCCCCCUGGGAAUGGCACCGAAGGUUUCCCCGGCUUUCCUGGCUAUCCAGGCAGCAGAGGUCCUCCUGGGAUAAACGGCACCAAAGGCUACCCCGGCCUCAAGGGGGACGAGGGAGAAGCCGGGGACCCCGGAGAGGACAAUAAUGACAUUGCUCCACGAGGCGCCAAAGGAGCAAAGGGCUACCGAGGUCCCGAAGGCCCCCAGGGACCCCCAGGACACGUGGGACCACCAGGACCAGACGAAUGCGAGAUUUUGGACAUCAUCAUGAAAAUGUGCUCUUGCUGUGAAUGCAAGUGCGGGCCCAUCGACAUCCUCUUCGUGCUGGACAGCUCCGAGAGCAUCGGCCUACAGAACUUCGAGAUUGCCAAGGACUUCAUCGUCAAGGUCAUUGACCGGCUGAGCAGGGACGAGCUGGUCAAGUUUGAGCCUGGGCAGUCGCAUGCGGGCGUGGUACAGUACAGCCACAACCAGAUGCAGGAGCACGUGGACCUGAGGGACCCCAACAUCAGGAGUGCCCAGGACCUCAAGGAAGCCAUCAAGAAGCUGCAGUGGAUGGGCGGGGGCACCUUCACGGGCGAGGCCCUGCAGUACACCCGGAGCCGGCUGCUGCCGCCCACCCAGAACAACCGCAUCGCCCUGGUCAUCACGGACGGCCGCUCGGACACCCAGAGGGACACCACCCCGCUCAGCGUGCUCUGCGGCCCUGACAUCCAGGUGGUCUCCGUGGGCAUCAAGGAUGUCUUUGGCUUGGCCGCGGGCUCUGACCAGCUCAACGUCAUCUCCUGCCAAGGCCUGGCACCCCAGGGACGGCCAGGCAUCUCGCUGGUCAAGGAAAACUAUGCCGAGCUGCUGGACGACGGCUUCCUGAAGAACAUCACUGCCCAGAUCUGCAUAGACAAGAAAUGUCCAGAUUACACCUGCCCAAUCACCUUCUCCUCCCCGGCCGACAUCACCAUCCUCCUGGACGGCUCAGCCAGCGUGGGCAGCCACAACUUUGACAUCACCAAACGCUUUGCCAAGCGGCUGGCAGAGCGCUUCCUGACAGCGAGCCGGACAGACCCGGCCCAGGACGUGCGCGUGGCAGUGGUGCAGUACAGUGGCACGGGGCAGCAGCGGCCGGAGCGCACAGCCCUGCAGUUCCUGCAGAACUACACGGUGCUGGCCAACACCGUGGACUCCAUGGACUUCUUCAAUGACGCCACCGACAUCAUGGAUGCCCUGGGCUACGUGACCCGCUUCUACCGCGAAGCCUCGUCCAGCGCCGCCAAGAAGAGGCUGCUGCUCUUCUCGGAUGGCAACUCGCAGGGCGCCACGCCGGCCGCCAUCGAGAAGGCGGUGCAGGAAGCCCAGCGGGAGGGUGUGGAGAUCUUCGCGGUGGUGGUGGGCCGCCAGGUGAACGAGCCGCACGUGCGUGUCCUGGUCACUGGCAAGGCGGCGGAGUACGAUGUGGUCUUCGGCGAGCGCCACCUGUUCCGCGUGCCCAGCUACCAGGCGCUGCUGCGAGGCGUCUUCUACCAGACGGUGUCCAGGAAGGUGGCCCUGGACUAGUGGCCUGGCCCCUGCCACCGAGACAGAGGCAAGAGGGGACCUAACGUUCCUGACCGACCCGACUAGCUAGGAUUUUUUUAAGGGAAAGCUUGAAAAGCCGUGAUUCUAUGUUCUAUGCUUGGCCCACCCCCCAGAGCAGAGUGUCAGUGCGGGGGUUCUGCCGGGCCCCUCCUGCCACCUGCCUGCACCUGCACCCCAAGUGCCCUCCUCCUGCUGCCUGUCCACGUCCCCUCAUCCCAGUCAGAACCCUGGCACCUGGUUCUCUUUCCUUUCUGGGGUCAGCUGUCACUGCCUUCCCUCUCCACCAGCCCCCGCCACCACCGCCCAGAGCUUGACUUCCUCCGAUCUGAGAGUCCUUCCGGAAACCCUCGCUCAGCCAGAAGUCAGAUCUCCCAGGGAACUUGCACAGGAGCAUGAGCCCUGAUGAGCUGUCCCCCAUCACGAGGCUCUUGUCACUCACGCCUGCCAGCAGAGACCACGACCCCUCCUGGAUGGCAAAGCCCAGACCGCAAACCCCAGAGCGAAGGUGCUGUCCUGCCCCACCCCACCCCAGGACUGGAGGCCUGGCCGCACCCCCUGGGGCACAGUGAGGUGUUUUAUCAGAAACAAGCUGAAGCCCUUUUUCUCAAGAAAGUGAUUGGUUCUACAUUUCAUUGAAGAUUUUCUUGGUUCUUUAGUUUUACUUUUACUCCUUUCUGUGUUUUUUCUCAACCGUGUUCAUGUGGGCGACUUUUCCAAAUAAAGAUUUUUCACUCUC